AUGAUUAUUGAAAUUUCAGUAUGUCGACCGGAAUGUGUAGAACGCGAAGGAUUUAUAGCUGUACGAGCACGCCUCAAAUCCUAUGCCAUAUCAGUUGGAUUUUGUAGCAACAAAACCGGUAGUAGCAGUCAAUCAUUGGUUACGCCGUAUAUCUGCUAUCGUAAUGUUGGUGUUUGGAGACCUGACAUACAC